CCACGGAGCAGUAACGACUUUGGUAAAUCAGACGACGUCCAACGACUGUCUGAAUUUAUGCGAACGCUGUCUCCAGUGUCAACCCGAAUACAACGUCGACAGGCCGCUCUCUCUCUCGAGAGUUAUCUACCUGUUCACAUGUUUUCAUGCGAGUGGAUUCGGUACGCUAACCUUCGCAAAAGCCUUACGAAGGACCUUUUCACGUGAUUUCUCGUCACGAAAUGACCCUCAAGGUUGAUCGACAUGGCCGCGCCGAAAUCGUCAGCAUUGAUCGUUUCAAGUCAGCACAUGUCGAUGACAGUGCUCUCCCUGAUAAGUUGAGACUCAAUGCUAGGCCCAAUAAACCUGCUAGCGGGAUCCCUAUAUCUACUUCAUAUCCAACGCUGGAUACGUCAGAGACCUUAUUCUCACGCCCCAGUUAACAGCGCGUGUCAUCUGCACUUCACUUUCACAUCCAGACCAACAGACCACGCUGCCCUUGACUUCGGAUUCGAUUGCAGGCUCACGAGGUACGAACAAAACUGCCGUCCCACGUUCCGAUCGCCGAAUACGCCUACCCGUAUGCUUUCGCGACUAACCGCACAACCAACAGCGGAUACGACACAAGACUCUAUCCGUAUACUACAUGCAUGCCUAACCUUUCCCCUUUUUCUUGAUUUUUUGUAUCCUGAGCUCACUCCUCCAACCAUCACCCGUUUGGUACCGUCGAUUUCAGUCAACCUUGGCGAAAGCUGGUCUGAUCACUCACGCCCUUGUGGACGCACUCAGUCGAUAUUCUGGUUUAGAAUGUGUAUGGCAUAUGCUUGGUCUCGCAGUUGGUUAUUAUGGUCGCUUCGGGUUCCUUGGUUCAACGUGGUUCUGUCCUGCGUCUGCAGCGUUUUCUGUUCCGCACCACCUCGAACGCAAUCAUCAGAUCCUGGAUACAAACUACUCUGGUAUGGUACGCUAACCGGAUCAACAAAUACAGCACGCUUCUCCAGGUACCGUUCUACCGAAAAGACUUUCGGUGGCAACUCGAGGAUCAACGAUCCCUCUCUGCCCUGCCAACCCUCUCGUCCCACAAUCGCACGUUUGCCGAUCAGUCCCACGAAAGAAAUCUCUUCGUAUCGAAAAAGUGAACCCUUUCUAGAGGAGGGCUCUUGUAGUGACCUACUUCUAACAAGAGAACGCGAUUGAUUUGAUGGAAACGAUUAUUAUUAUAACCAAUUGUACCAGUGAUUGUUUUACUGUACUUAGUUGUUCAACCGUACUAAGAACAUUCUUCCUUCCGUUGAUUGUGACCUUGCACGAACUUACGUUUGCUCAGUAGUUCCGCUUGUUCUCCUUUGGCACGAUCUCGGUAUUAUUUUGAUACCACGAGAUCGCCAACAAAUAUAUCUCGCUACGACUUUCAAUCGCCUUCUGAUUUCUAGUUUACUUGGAGGUUUAGCCUGUUCUGGUACGCAAUCUUCUUGUAGUGGUGAUCAUAGUCAAACGCGAAUCGACGCCACACUACAAUAUCUUAAGGUCAUUACUACUUUACUAGAGGGGAAUGAGUU